AAACGAGGCUUGGAUACCAAGGCAUCUAAUAUGGCGGAGAACUUGGGUCACUUUCGUUGUCCCCUUCCAAUCUUUAUUUUCUUUUUAUUUCACGGCUCGGUUUUAAGCGUAGUGAAUGAGGAUCUUUGGAAAAUUCACUGCAUCUCCCUGAAGGAUCACUCUGUUUGUGAGAAAAAAAUGUUUUUGCUGUUGGUACAAAUGGUUUCUGUUUGUCGAAAGACAGAACUUCUAGAAUUUAAAAACUGGAGUUUUAUGGAAAGAAGUAUUCUAUUGAAAGAGUUUGACGUGGACGAGGAAACGAGAAACUAUAUAAGACAAGUACAUGGAGUAAUUUUUACAAAAGUUCAUCCAGUUCCUCUGAAAUAUAAACCUUAUUUGGUGGCUAUUUCUCAAGAAGUAUUGACGGACAUUCUUGAUUUGAAUGAUUCUGCCUUUGAAUCACCAGCAUUCAUAGACUUUGCUGCGGGAAAUGAAAUGAUACCAAACUCAAUUAUGCUAUCACAUAGAUACGGUGGACAUCAGUUUGGCGAUUGGGCAGGUCAGCUAGGAGAUGGUCGUGCUGUAAUUUUGGGAGAAUACACGAAUAGGAUAGGAGAGAGGUGGGAACUUCAGUUAAAAGGCUCAGGGAGGACUCCCUAUUCAAGACACGGUGAUGGACGCGCAGUGUUGAGGUCAUCUGUGCGUGAGUUCCUGGCCAGUGAAGCCAUGUUUCAUUUGGGUGUACCAACCAGCAGAGCAGCUAGUCUUAUUGUGAGUAAUGACCUUGUUUGGAGGGAUCAGUUCUAUGAUGGACAUCCAAAGCAAGAAAAAGUUGCAAUUGUUUUACGCUUAGCGAAAUCUUGGUUUAGAAUUGGGUCUCUUGAAAUUUUGGAACACAACAGCGAAGAAGCUCUUCUUAGAAAAGUUGUGGAUUUUGUCAUUGAAAAUUAUUUCAAGGAUUUAGUUAACAAGACCAAGAAGUACUUGGCCUUCUUUUCAAGAGUAGUUUCCAUGACAGCAGACCUGAUUUCCAAAUGGCAAUCUGUUGGCUUUGCUCACGGUGUCUGCAACACGGACAAUUUUAGUCUGCUGUCAAUAACCAUAGACUAUGGUCCUUUUGGAUUUAUGGAUGACUUCAACCCAGACUUUGUCCCUAACACAUCAGAUGAUGAAGGAAGAUACAGUUACAAGAAUCAGCCGAAUGUUGGGUUUUUUAACUUAGCAAAAUUGCUCCAAGCACUUAAACCAUUGAUUGAAGAUUACAGUGAAGGAGAGAAAGUUCUUUGGAGUUAUGUGGAUAGAUUUAACCAAAGGUUUCUGAGCAUAUUUCGUCGCAAACUUGGUUUACUUUACGAAGAUGAAAAUGACGAAAUGCUUAUUCACUCUUUCCUUUGGAUAAUGUCGUCCACUCAUGCAGACUUCACUAUGGCCUUCCGAGAGUUAAGUGAAGUAUCCUUGCAUGAUGUUAAUUCAAACCGCUUGCCGAGAGAAACAUGGGCACUCAAACAACUACAGACACACAAGAACUGGGGAGACUGGUUAGCACACUAUGUAGACAGGUCUCGGCUGUAUAGUGACACUGAUGUUGACAAGGCCAGAAGAAAACAAAUGCAAGAAGUAAAUCCUCGCUAUGUUUUACGUAACUGGAUGGCAGAAUCAGCGAUACAGAAGGCGGAAAGGAAUGAUUUUUCAGAGGUUCGUCAGUUGCUUGAGGUACUCAAGUCACCUUUUACAAAACAGGAGGUUGCUGAGAACCUUGGAUACUCGUCCCAACCUCCGGGAUGGGCCUCUCACCUCCGCGUCAGCUGUUCUUCAUAGAACAUAUUUUACAAAGACUGAUGGUGUUCUUAAGAAUCUUGAAGCGCUGAGUGUCUACUGGGUGGAAGAUGACACCUGGAGGAGCAGCUCAAUGAACAUCUGUUGAUAAAAAUAGAAACAAAGUGACUUAAUCUUAAAUAUGUAAAUACAUCACUUCCAUAUCACCUUAAGUGGAUGAGGGCCAUCACUGAUUAGUGCACAAUGAAUAAAUAAAACUGAUUAGUAUGAAUCAGGGGCCAUUGUGAAAGGGGCCAUUGUAGUCCUGUAGCAUGCACCAAUAGUUUGGUUACUGGUUCACUUUCAAUUGAGAUUUAUGAUCUUUAUUUUAGCCAGAGCGUCAAAAACAACACAAGCAAGUUCACGUUAUGCCGGCCGUUUGACCUAAUAUUUUGUCCUUUGAGCUGACUGACCCCCAACAU